AUGGCGCACGGGCACCUUGCGCAUCAAAGUGACGCGCAACUGAUGGGAUGCGCUCACCCCUUGGCGCGAUAUGACACUGUAUCGCCGGGGUGUUCUUAUUGGCCAAGUGAUCAGGAGAAAGACUGUUACAACAGAUGCAUCGAGCACGGGCUGGGCGACGGAAGACCAGCCUUCGGGACAUGGUUGGCUGUAUUUCCAGUGAACACCACUCUUCCUGACAGUAUCACUCAGUGGGGGUUUCUAGCCAUCAGUGCCUCAACUGAGAUAGGUUUCUGUGUAGCUGAACUGCAUAACGUCCAGGCGUGGAAGCCGUUCUUCAUAGACCUGCGGCUGCCUCACUCAGUGUCCAGAAAUGAACAUGUGGAAAUCAAAGCUGUGGUCCACAACUACGGGAAUGAAAACCUGAAGGUAAUGGUAAUCCUGGAAAAGACAAAAUACAUGUUUAGUGUGGCAUUUAGCAGAGCUCACAGGCAGCAGGUUUUGGUACCGGCCGGCUCCUCCAAGCUCAUUUCAUACGCCAUCAUCCCUCUUAAAACAGGGGAGCUCCCUCUACAGGUCACAGCCAUUGCGCGUUCUUUUAUUGAAGCGGAUACAGUGAGGAAGAAUCUACGUGUGGUAGUAGAAGGCAUCCAGAGAGUCAAGUCAAGGAGCUUUGUGUUGAACCCCUCUGAGAAAGGAGACAGUGGGAGACAGGUGAUAAAAGUGGAGAAAAUGGAGUUAAAAUCAGUGGUACCAAAUUCAAAGCCUAAGGCAUUCAUCAAUGUCAGAGGUGAUUUGCUGGCAGACAGCAUUGAUAACUCCAUUAAGGAGGACUCUCUGGCAGCGUUGAUCCGGAUGCCCAGCGGGUGUGUGGAGCAGAACCUGGCCAGAAUCACGCUGCCACUCAUUGCCGCCCAUUACCUGGACCGCAGUGGAAACUGGGACGCUGUGGGAACAGAUCGCAGACAAGAGGCCAUCAAAUACAUUGAGACAGGUUAUGAAAAUCAACUUAAUUAUCGAAAAAAGGAUGACUCAUACCCUCCCUAUGCCAAAGAAGGCACCAGCACAUGGUACUCAUGCUAA